AUGGUGCGGGCCUUCUCCGGUUACCUCUCUACCGAUCAGCUGCUUCUUCUGUGGGAUCGAAUCCUCGGAUACGACUCACUAGAGGUGGUUGCAGGUAUAAAACUGAUGUCGAAAUCUCACGAGCGGGCCUGUUUGUCCCUUUUCUAUCUCACCCCUGGUCGUCUGCCUCUUUUCCUCCUGGCUCGUUCCCGACUCCUCAAGUUCUCGCAGCUGCCGUCUUUGCCUUCCGAGCAGAGAACCUAA